AAAUGGUUCAAUAACGGAUCAUCAUCAUCAUCAUCAUUAAUAAGAACCGGUGCACCAAAUAUUCUUUGUACACAAUUACCAACACAUUGGCGUUUAAAUAAAUCAUUACCAUAUACAUUCAAAGUGAUCAUAUUAAGUGAUUGUAAUGGAUGUCAAAUAAAAGAUGGUACCAUUGUACAAGUGAAAGCCGGUAAUGAAGAAAAUUGUUUCGGUGAAAUACGUAACGGUAUGGCUGUAACGAAAAAUGGUGUGGCAAAAUUUCAUGAUUUACGUUUUAUUGCUCGUUCUGGACGUGGUAAAUCAUUUUCAUUGUCCAUUGUUGUACAAACAAAACCAAUGAUUGUUGCAUUCUAUCGUAAAGCAAUCAAAGUAACUGUUGAUGGACCACGUGAACCACGUACAAAGAUAAAUUCAUUUCAUCCAAAUAAUAAUCAAGGUCUUUGCAAUUUGAAAAAUAAUGACAAAAAUGACGAUGAUGAUGAUCAUGAUGAUCAUGGUGGUGGUGGUGGUGGUGGUGGUCAUCAUCAUAAUACGACAACAACGAAGACGAAUUAUCGACACCAUCGUAACAAAAACAACCACAAUAGCCAUCACUAUCAUCAUAAUCAAAUAUCGUGGCCAUAUCCACAGCAGCAACAACAACAACAACAACAAUCAACAUUAAGAUAUGUAUCGAUCACUGAUUGA